CUGCUAAUCUGCCACCAUGCAUCCGAUCAUCUACCUGGUUUCAGAGUUCAUACUCACAGUGUUCGUCGUUGGCUUCACUCAUCCGACCUCUCGUUUACGCCUCAUUGCCCUACUCCCUGUUGCCUUGUGCAUGGUCUGCUGCAUCCCGCAAUGCAUGCCAUACAUGAUACGCACUCCUUGGGCGGCCCUAGUGGGCGGCUAUGCCGUUACGUACCUGUACCACUACGUUGAUGUUGCUUUACUCAGCCGCUGGAGUUUCCGCGACAAUGCUCCUGUCAGCGGCUUGGUCCGACCAUCAUCAGGCGUCGCCAAUACCGACAAAGUUUCGGCGGAGAAGAGACAGAGGAUUGUCAAUAACACGGUCCUGGCUAGGUUUCACUUUGGCUUCAAAGUAACAUCAUCCUUCCGUUUUGUUGGCACUCCGUAUGAAGUCCGGAACACUCCAAGGCCCCUUGAGGUCGGCCGUAAAGAACGAACCCAUUUCCUCAUGCGGACCUUCGCCGCCAUUGCGACAUCGUAUACUCUCCUAGAUCUCAUCAACUCUAUGAACGACCCCACCAUUGCGGCUAAGUAUCUGGGAUUGGACAAGAUUCCCCUCCUCACUCGACUCCGGGACGUCUCGGCAGAGGAGCUGGUCAUUCGAUUCUUCACCGUCUUAGCGGCUGGGAUCGGCUUGAACUGUGUCCAAGGAGGCAUAUACCAUGUCUUUGCCCUUGUUUCCGUAGCGCUAAAUCUUUCGGACCCCCAAGAUUGGCCGCCAUUCUACGGCUCGCCGAGAGACACGUACACGCUCAGAUCAUUUUGGAACGUAUUCUGGCAUCAAACGAAUGCGAGAAAGUUCUCGUCCAUCGCCCAUUAUACGGUUCACAAUUCGCUGAAUCUGCCUCGUGGAACAGUUGUGGCAAGAUAUCUGCGAAUACUGGUCGCAUUUCUGUCCUCUGGGGUUAUGCAUAUGCUGGAUGAUAUCGCAUCAGGCAUCACACUUGAGAAUUCGGGGGCAAUGAGCUUCUUUCUUGUUCAAGUAUUGGGCCUCGUUGCUGAGGAUAUCGUCAUCAGAGCCUACGGAUCCUCCACAGCGAGGAUGCCGAGGGCAGCAGAAAGGAGCGUGGGGUUUCUUUGGGUUUCAAUAUUUCUUACAUGGAGCGUCCCUGCUUACAUGUACCCUAUGAUGUGGCGCACUAAUCAGGGAUUGAACGAUUCUACCAUCCCUUACAGCCUUUUUGGAUCAGGCGCUGAGCGAUUCAAGGCGAGUGGCCUUUUGUCCUGUGCUGGCAUGGUUGCACUGUCGGGGACUUUAAUAAACGGCGACAAUUUCUGGACUGGGUAGUUGGUUAGAAGGACGAAGAAAUGUGGCACAGUAGUAGGUAUCGCCUCACCGAACAUGGUGCAAGGGACCGAGAAUCGAUCUGCAGAUUCGAACUCUCUGCGCCUUCAUUAAAUCAACAAUAUCGGACCGCCGGUUGCGGCGCACUGCAUAAGCG